AUGCUAAUGCACUAUGCAGCCCCCCAAGCCUUCAACACCCUCAAGCGCGCCUUCAAAGGCAUGUUCAAGCGCAACAAGAAGCCUACCGCAACAUCCCAGCAACAAACAUCACAGACCCAACCCCAACCGCAACAACAAUCCGACUACUCGACCUCAGCAGCCGCUUCUCCCCCUCCUACCUCGCAACCUCCACCACUGCAAUCACCCACGCCGACUUCGGAUGCCGUUGCACCGCAGAUCCCGCCAAUAGAGUCCGGCUCGCCGCUGAAUAGCGCAACAGAGCCUUCGAAGUCGCUGCCGCCGACACAUCCGCUAGCGACGGGACAGCAGGAGGAGCCGCAGGAGGCCGUGCCUCAGGACCAUGGGGCGCAGCCUGGGCUGGUGGUGAGGGAGGAGAGUUCUGCUGCCCCGGCUCCAGCACCUGUUGUUAGAAGUGUGGAUGGUGCGGAGGACAACCAGCUGAAGAGUGAUCAAGCGGAUGUCGGGAGGGUGUCGCCGGUUGAGCCGGGGUUGACGGUCGAUGGGACGAGGAGUGGAGCUGUCUCUGCUGUGGAUGAUGGCAGUCGGGCGGAGGAGAGCUUGAAGAAUGAUAGUGCUGUUGAGCACGAGCAGGGCAAGAUGGAGGAGUCGAAUGUGGUCACUGACGAUCGUCCACCCCCUCCUCCAGCGAAGGAGAACGUCCCACCUCCCACAACCACCCAGCAACAACCAACCCCCAACGGCACCCCAGCCCAACCUCACGACACACUAAACCGCACCUCCAGCAGCGAAGAAAAAGUCGCCAUCACAAUGGAAGAGCCACCUCCAAUCCGCGCCGUCCGCGCAGCACCCGGCAUGAGCGCUACCUCCGGCCCCCUCGAAGAGUUCCCUGAAGGUUAUUACCCGAAGUAG